GCCGGUGCCGGUGCCGGUGCCGGUUCCGCUGCCAUGCGGCCCUGGGCGCUGCUGCUGCUGCUGGGCGCGCUCCGGACCGGCGGAGCCCCGGCCCGCAAUGUGCUGCUGCUCCUGGCCGAUGACGCCGGCUUUGAGAGCGGCGCCUACAACAACUCGGCCAUCCGGACCCCCAACCUGGACGCUCUGGCCCGGCGCGGUUUGGUCUUCCAGAACGCCUUCACCUCCGUGAGCAGCUGCUCCCCGAGCCGGGCCAGCAUCCUCACCGGCUUACCCCAGCACCAGAACGGGAUGUACGGGCUGCACCAGGACGUGCAUCACUUCAACUCCUUCGACGGCGUGAGGAGCCUGCCCCAGGUGCUCAGCCAGGCAGGCGUCCGGACAGGGAUAAUUGGGAAGAAGCACGUGGGGCCCGAGGCUGUGUACCCCUUUGACUUCGCCUACACAGAGGAGAACAGUUCGGUCCUGCAGGUUGGGAGAAACAUCACCCGGAUCAAGGCGCUCGUCCGGCGGUUCCUGCAGAGCCAGGACGAGAGGCCUUUCUUCCUCUAUGUUGCCUUCCACGACCCCCACCGCUGCGGGCACUCCCAGCCCCAAUACGGGGCCUUCUGUGAGAAGUUUGGCAAUGGUGAGAGCGGCAUGGGCUGGAUCCCUGACUGGAAACCACAGAUUUACCACCCAGAACAAGUGCAGGUCCCUGCCUUUGUCCCGGACACGCCGGCUGCCCGGGCAGACCUGGCUGCGCAGUACACGACCAUCGGGCGCAUGGACCAAGGGAUCGGGCUGGUGCUGCAGGAGCUGCGCCACGCCGGCUUCCUCAACAGCACCCUGGUGAUCUACACCUCCGACAACGGCAUCCCCUUCCCCGGCGGCAGGACCAACCUGUACCGCUCGGGCAGCGCCGAGCCGCUGCUCCUCUCCUCCCCCGAGCACCCCCAGCGCUGGGGACAGGUCAGCCCGGCCUUCGCCACCCUCCUGGACCUGACACCGACCAUUCUGGACUGGUUCUCCAUCCCCUACCCUGCUUACAGCAUCUUUGGCUCAAGGCAGGUGCAGCUCACUGGGAAGUCUCUCCUGCCAGCCCUGGAGUCGGAGCAGCCCUGGGCCACCGCCUUCAGCAGCCAGAGCCACCACGAGGUGACCAUGUACUACCCCAUGCGGGCCGUGCAGCACCGGCAGUUCCGCCUCAUCCACAACCUCAACUACAAGAUGCCCUUCCCCAUUGACCAGGACUUGUACGUCUCGCCCACCUUCCAAGACCUGCUCAAGCGCAGCAGGGCGGGGCAGCCGACGCACUGGAACAAGAGCCUGCACCGGUACUACUACCGGGAGCGCUGGGAGCUGUUCGACUGCAGCCGUGACCCCAGCGAGAGCCAGAACCUGGCCCCCGACCCCCGCUACGCCGACCUCUUCCAGCUGCUCCGUGCGCGGCUCCUGAAGUGGCAGUGGGACACGGGGGACCCCUGGGUGUGCGCCCCCGACGCCGUCCUGGAGGAGAAACUGAGCCCGCAGUGCCGGCCGCUGCACAACGAGCUGUGAGUGCCACCUGUGCCUGGGACAGUCCUGUGCUCCCGUGGGGUGCCAGCGCUCGGGGCGGUGUCACGGGUGAGCUGGUCCCAAACCCCGGGUGACACCGCGAGGCUCUGCCCCCUGUGCUGCCAACACCGCCCGGCCCCAGAGCACCGAGGAAUUCCCGGGGCCUUGACUGUCAGCCAGAGGAGCCAAAGGGCCGAGCUGCCCCUCAAUAAAGCCUCUGGAGGAUGAGGUUCCCUUUGCA